CGGACACGAGAAUUCGGACGCGCGUUCCAGCACGUCGGCGUCCCUUUUGCACGCACUUAGAACUCUUCCGACCCUCGGGCCGAAAACCAGCCUCCGGUGGGGAGCCUGAGAGCGGAAGUGGGAGAAGAGGAACCCGUCACGCGUAUUCAUUGGUGGCCUCUCAGUAUAGGUCCCGCCCCCCAGUCCUUGUCGCGGCCCCUUUGACGACCCACUUCCAGCAAAGAGCGGAAGAGGCGGGCAGGUGGAGGAGGGGUUAAGAUGGCGGCGCCUUUGAGGAUUCAGAGCGACUGGGCCCAAGCCCUCAGGGAAACCCACUUUGUAUGGCAGCCUAACUUGUCAAGGAAUUGGCCAAGAUGGCAUCCCAGAAGUUACAGCUUCAGAAGGAUUUAUUGUGAAUGAGAUAAACAAGAAAAGCAUUCAUAUUUCUUGUCCGAAGGAAAAUGCAUCCUCAAAGUUUUUGGCCCCAUACACUACUUUUUCCAGAAUUCAUUCAAAGAGUUUGCCGGGAAUAUGUCUGGGAUUAUGUAUCGCAGUCCUCCAUUUCUGGAAUAUUUGCAGCUGGGUGUUUUUUAAUAAAAAGGAUAACAUGCCUGGACAUUUCCAGUGGAGGCGGCCUUGGUGUGUCUUCUAGUACUGAUGGAAGCAUGAAGAUCUGGCAGGCUUCCAAUGGCGAGCUCAGAAGAGUAUUGGAAGGACAUGUGUUUGAUGUGAAUUGUUGCAGGUUUUUCCCAUCAGGCCUUGUGGUUCUGAGUGGGGGAAUGGAUGCCCAGCUGAAGAUCUGGUCAGCCGAAGAUGCUAGCUGUGUGGUGACCUUCAAAGGUCACAAAGGAGGUAUUCUGGAUACAGCCAUUGUUGAUCGGGGGAGGAAUGUGGUGUCUGGUUCUCGAGACGGGACAGCACGACUUUGGGAUUGUGGGCGUUCAUCCUGCCUGGGAGUCAUUGCAGACUGUGGUUCUUCCAUUAAUGGAGUGGCUGUGGGUGCUGCUGACAACUCCAUAAACCUCGGCUCCCCUGAGCAGAUGCCAAGUGAACGGGAGGUUGGAACAGAGUCGAAAAUGCUGCUAUUGGCACGGGAGGAUAAGAAACUUCAGUGCUUGGGACUGCAGAGCAGGCAGCCGGUGUUCCUCUUUGUUGGCUCAGAUGCCUUCAACUGCUGCACUUUUCUCUCUGGCUUCUUACUGUUGGCUGGGACACAGGAUGGAAACAUUUAUCAGCUGGACGUGAGGAGUCCAAGGGCUCCAGUACAAGUCAUCCACAGAUCAGGAGCACCAGUUCUAUCCCUCCUGAGUUUCAGAGAUGGAUUCAUUGCUAGCCAAGGUGAUGGAAGCUGUUUCAUUGUUCAGCAAGACCUAGACUAUGUCAUUGAGCUCACUGGGGCCGACUGUGACCCUGUGUUCAAGGUAGCCACGUGGGAGAAGCAGAUCUACACAUGCUGUCGAGAUGGUCUUGUGCGACGCUAUCAGCUCUCUGAUCUCUGACUCCUUGGAAAAGGAUUCCCAGUUAAUGAAAAAAAUUGGCCCUAAUCGACAAAGAGCAAAAUAAUCAUCAGUCCUUCUCAAGGACCAUGUCCCCUUAUUGUUUGGGGCACCCUUUGGAAGUCACAGAAAAUCAGCUGCAUUGGCCCAUGUGGAAGUAUCAUUCCAUGACAAGACCUGUGAACUGAAGAAGAAGCUCACACAUGCUCCCUAUAUACACUCACCCCAACAGCACAGGGCAAGGAUAUGGAUGCUUACAGUUUGAUCUCAUACCAUUGUGUUAAGUGUUUACAAGGAUCAGAGGACUAAAGCUUGUUCUCUGAAGGAAAUAAAGAGAAUGUAUUUGGAGUUUGAAUUUGAAAAACUUUGUUAAAUAAUCUUACUCCAGCAAAAAGCCAUUCAAGUUGAUGGAACUCCUUUCUCAGGCAUUUCCUGUUGGCCUGGCCAUAGAGAAAGACUACUUGUUAGCAGAAACUAUCCCUUAAGCAGCAGUCUGGGAAAGAUUCUUAUACAGGUAGAGAAGCCAGCUGUCUCAGUUUUCCUUGGACUGAGGGGUUUUCUGCUACAUGGGACUUUCAGUCCUAGGCAAAGUGGUAUGGUUGACUGGUCCAUUUACAGGUGAUAAAGUUGAAUCCUGUCAUUGUAACAGCAGUGGCCAUCCGAGUGUGGUCCCUUAACAGCCAUAUCAGUAUCACCUGGGAACUUGUUAGAAAUAGAAAUUCCUAGGCCCCACCUCAGCCCCAAAUCAGAAAUUCUCUGGGUAGAGCUGGCCAGGUGAUUCUGAUGCAUGCUACAGUUUGAGACCUAGAGGAAGAGAUAGUAAAGGGCAUUUUAAGUCAUAGCAGGAACCCAGUGCUCAUAGGAUGGUGAGGCUGGUCGGUAGAAGAUGAGGCUGGAGAGGUUGGCAGGGCCCAAAGAGUGAAGGGGCUUGAGUACCAGGUAAGGAGCCUGAAUUUCAUUUGGUUGGCAAGAAACCCACGGAAGAGUUUUAAGCAAGGAUAUAACACGGUCACCUCUUUUUUCCCCUAGAUAUAAAAAUGGAGUCAUAAUGCAUGUACUCCGUGUUUUAUUUUCACUUAGAAUCUCUGAGUUCUUUCUCAGUACAUUUAGACCUUCAUCAUUCUUUUUAACACUUUCCAGAGUUUUAUAUUUUAGAGAUCACUAGAGAAAGGGUUUCUUGGAGGAUACAACACUUGAGCUGAGCAAUGUAGGCUAAAGUCUGGAUUUAUUUAAGGGAAGAAGUCAAUUUCUGGCUGGUGUAACAGUAUGAUUCGCAGCAGUCUUAAAGGUAUAUUCUCACGUAAUGUUUAUAACCUCACUAUGACAUGCAGAUAGUGAGACUCAGAUGAAUUGAUUGGCCAAGGGUCAUAGGGAACAGAAACUUUAACACAGUUUAUCUUAAUUUUAAAUCCAUUUUUUUCUACCUGUUGUAUAUGCCUAAAUUGAGAAAAUAAAAUACUGUUAGUCAUUGAAUAUUACUGGGCAUCUAUGCUAUACUAGGGACUAUAUUUAUAUAUUUAAUCCCAACAACACUCUUAAAAAGGAAAUGGAAUUACUUUGUUUUAUAGAUAAGGAAACUGAGGUUCGAGAAAUUAAGUACCAGACCCUUGAUUUGGACCUUGCUUAGUCUGUCUCGAA